AGUCCUUGUACCUAUUUGUUUUGAUCUUAAUAAAAAAUUUAUAGUUUUGCUAAUAUGCUUCAACCUCAUUGGUUAACUUUAUAGAUGGGUAAAAACACAACUUCCAACCCCGAGGCAAAAAAGGCUAGAGCAUUAUGGGAUAAUAAUUCAAGCUGGACCACUACUUUUUGUAAUCUUUGUGUGGAACAGAUUCAACUUGGGAAUAGGAAUAAAGGUGCUGCCUUUAGUACCCUAGGUUGGACCAAUAUAGUGACCAAAUUUUGUGAUGAAACCGGUCAAAAUUAUGAUAGGGAGCAAUUAAAAAGUAGGUGGGAUGUGUUAAAAGGUGAUUGGAGAUUGUGGGAAAAAUUGAGGAUGCAUGACAUAGGUUUAGGUUGGGAUACAGCGAAGGGAACAAUUCUUGCUCCUGAUGAUUGGUGGGACCGAAAGUUGAAGGAAUUACCCAAAGCUAAAAAAUUUCGAGAGAAAGGUCUACAGAAUCCAGAACAACUUGAUAUAAUGUUUAGGGAUGUUGCAGCAACUGGAGAAGCUGCAUGGACCCCUUCUUCAAAUACACUCCCUCCAACAAUGCCACAAGAGGGUGCUAGUGAUUCGGAUGGUAGCUCCGAAUUUAAGGAUAAUCAAUGUGACAUGAGUUUAGACAUUGAUAGUUUGCAACAAGGACAUACUAGUCAAUCACGUAGUUCAGGACUUAAGCGAACUAGUGAAUCAAUACCCUCACAGAAGAAAAAGAAGAAGAUAGGAGGAGCUGCAAUGUUGGACAAUCGUAUUAGUGAAUUAAUAACUGUAUAUAAGAAUAAGUCUGAAGGUACUUCUCGAGAGUCACCAAGUUCAGUUGAUAAUGUCAUGGCGAUUGUGAGAGCACUUCCUGGAGUGGAUAGUAAGUUUGUGGUUCAAGCUUCCUUAGCGUUACUAAAAAAGAUACAUAGGGAUAUGUUUCUAACUUUCAAGGAGCCAGAGUUACAGUUGGCGUACCUACAAGAAUUGAUUUCUUGGAAGCAAAAGAAGUGACCAACCUUAUGUGAUACUCUAUAUUAGCUUAGGACUAAUAUUAGCU